ACAAACAUUAGAAAGAGUUAGACAAGAGAAAAUACACAACAUAGAAGAGAGGAAUAACCUCAAACUCUGUCUCAGUUUUUUCUGAGAGAGAUAACUGCUUGCAAAGUACAUAGAGCAAAGUUUGCAAAUCAACACAAACAUUUUUGGAACAAAGUUUGCAAAUCUAACAGCAAAGAAGAAGAUCUGUCUUUGAAACAUACAUAGCUUUCUUCUCUAAAUCCAAAUUUGUUUCAUUAUACGCUCCUGCUAAGGAUUGUCUUUCUUUUGAGACAUAGAUCUUAAAUUUGAAAGCGACCCUUUAAGACUUUGGAAUGGAGACAGAAGAGAGGAACCAGAGAGCGUGUAAGGCAACAGAGCCAGAGUUCUUCUUGCAGUGGGGAAGCAGAAAGCGUCUGAGAUGCGUGAGGGUGAAAGAUCCUCGGAUUUCAACUAGGCUCAACGGUGGUGUCAGAAGGAAACUUAAUUCCGGAGCGGAUAAUAAUCGUUCCGGUGUUGGUCUUUCUGAGAAAGAAACUUCACAUAUUCAUCAUCAACAACCGAACCGUCUCACAAGGAAUUCCGACACGGCGGCUCUACGACCGGCGGCCGGAGAAAGUAGGAAAUCGGCAUCGCCGGAGAAGGAAGAUCGGUACUACACGACGAGGGGUUCGGCGGAGGAAAUCGGUAAAGUUACCGGCGAUGUUAACAACGGUGAAGAGAGAGCUCUUGUUUGGCCUAAGCUUUACAUCGCUCUGUCUAGCAAAGAGAAAGAAGAAGAUUUUCUCGCUAUGAAAGGUUGUAAGCUUCCUCAGAGACCCAAAAAGAGAGCCAAAAUCAUCCAAAGAAGUUUAUUGUUGGUGAGUCCUGGAGCAUGGUUGACUGAUAUGUGUCAAGAAAGAUAUGAAGUUAGGGAGAAGAAAAGUAACAAGAAGAGGCCAAGAGGAUUGAAGGCUAUGGGAAGUGUGGAAAGUGAUUCUGAAUGAUGCAAAGGGGAUGGAUCUAUAACAACACACAACCUAAAAUAUUUUGGAAGAAGGAAGAAGAUGAUGAAAUUUUUAGUUGAAGAUGAUGAUUCAAGUUUUUUUAAAUUUGCUUUCUCACAAUGUUUUUUUUGUAAACAAGUAAGAUCUGAUCUGAUCCAUUUCAAUCAAUGAAGAAAAUUAUUUUCUCA